GUAACUGUGCGCUCUUGCCUGCGCACCGCCCCUCUCCCUCAGUCCGCAUUUGGUUCUGCAAAAGGAAUUGACGGGUGCUGUUUGGAAAAUCGGUCUGUCUUUAAGGAUUAUUGAAGCCAAAAAACGAGACUUCUUGAAGACGAAAAGGUUGCUUUAUUAUUCCUAGCACUGUCUGAGACAACUUCGCAUGCUCUCCAUUGGUAGCCUAGUUAUGUAUCCUUAUCCUGGCGUUGAAAUAAGGAAAUUGAGAACUCAGUUGAUCUCUUCCUGAGUCGAUUAAACAAGGUGGACAUUACAUGGGAAGGACAUAUAGUCGUUAUUCACUAAUCAUCAUAACUGCAGUGUCCGUGCGUCAUCGAAGACAGGUUUCUGGUGGUUAUGGCAGCAAACACUCUGGAAUGAAGUGUGAAAAAUAACAUUCCAUGCGCAGAUAAAAAGGGAAAAUCUACGUUUUGAGGGCGAAGAGGAAGGUGUUCCGCCAAAGGCAUUAAUUUACAACAGUCAGAGAUGAAGGAAAAGUCCAAGAAUGCGGCGAAGACGAGACGAGAGAAAGAAAAUGGAGAAUUUUAUGAACUGGCGAAAUUACUGCCUUUACCUUCAGCCAUCACCUCACAACUGGAUAAGGCUUCAAUAAUUCGGCUGACAACCAGUUACUUGAAGAUGAGAGCCGUGUUUCCGGAUGGGCUGGGGGAGGCCUGGGGCCAGCCUACCAGAAUCAGCCCUCUGGACAACAUGGCAAAAGAACUGGGAUCCCAUCUACUUCAGACUCUGGACGGCUUCGUAUUCGUUGUCGCUUCAGACGGCAAAAUCAUGUACAUCUCUGAGACUGCAUCAGUCCACCUCGGCCUAUCCCAGGUGGAGCUGACGGGCAACAGUAUAUUUGAGUACAUCCACCAAUCAGACCAUGAUGAGAUGACGGCCGUGCUCAGCGCCCAUCAGCCCCUCCACCAUCACUUCCUGCAAGAGUACGAAAUUGAGCGCUCUUUUUUCCUGAGGAUGAAGUGUGUAUUGGCCAAGCGUAAUGCAGGACUGACGUGUGGAGGAUAUAAGGUGAUCCACUGCAGUGGGUAUUUGAAGAUCCGUCAGUACGUGAUGGACAUGGCACUGUUUGACUCGUGUUAUCAGAUCGUGGGUCUGGUGGCGGUGGGCCACUCCCUGCCUCCCAGUGGUAUCACAGAGAUCAAGCUCCAUAGUAACAUGUUCAUGUUCAGGGCCAGCCUGGACCUCAAGCUCAUCUUCCUGGACUCUAGGGUGGCUGAGUUGACGGGACACGAACCCCAGGACCUGAUCGAGAAGACACUAUACCACCACGUGCACGGCUGUGACGCAUUCCAUCUACGCUUCGCUCACCACCUCUUGUUGGUGAAAGGGCAGGUCACCACUAAGUACUACCGUAUGUUGUCCAAGCAUGGGGGCUGGGUGUGGGUGCAGAGCUACGCCACCAUCGUCCACAACAGCCGCUCCUCCAGACCCCACUGCAUCGUCAGUGUCAACUAUGUUCUCACGGACGUAGAAUAUAAAGAUAUGCAGCUGUCUCAGGAGCAGAGUCGAGCGGCCAAAUCCAGCUUGGUCUUUAAGAGUGGCCCGGCCUCCUCUCAGGACCCCCGCAAACAACAUAAGGCCAAAGCAGUCAAGAUCAAGAGCAAACUCAAAACAGCCCCCUACCCUCAGCCCAACAUCACCUACCAUCCAGACAAGCUGGACUGCUCCCCCCAAGGAGAGGCCUGGAAGGAGAGCCAGGCCCCCUGCCAGGGGCAGAGCUCUGGCCCCUCUGGAGGCCCAGAAGCUGAAGAGGUCCUGUUUAGCAUCAGCGCCCCGUAUGGGCUCUCCUUCCCCAACCCAUAUGGGAACCUACCCCACACGGACUCCCAGAGGAGGGUACGAUCCACCCAGGGUUCCUCUUCCGCCUCGCCCUCCCCGGCUUCCCCCAGCCUGGCCGCCCGGCAGCUGCUCAGCUCCCUGCAGGAUCGAGGGGGCGAGGAGCGCUGGAGCUGUGCCAACGCCAAAAGCCAUCCCGGUCACGCCCCGAGGCGCUCUGUUGCAUCGUGUGCCAUCACCACUGCCACUGCAGCAGCGUAUUCCGGCCCUACAGCGAGCAGGGGGUACCCCCCCAGCGAACCCCUCCAUGGUGUCCUCUCCAGCUGUGCGACCCUGCGCCCUAUCAGCAGGUACAAGGAAGAGCCCUACGAGCAUCACACACUUGGCCAGAGGAAGACCACAGAGGACCGCCUGCCCUCCCAGUCACAGGCCACGAAAGAGGACAGCAAGCUGCCGUUCAACCGAUACCACCACCACAAGGUCUCAGAAGGAGGUGGUUGCAUAGUAGGGGAGAAGCCUUUGUCCUGUCCUCUGCUGAGUAGCUCUGUGCUGGAGAAGGCGAGCUAUAAGCAGUCCGGGUCUCUCCACGGCCUGGGCCAGCCCUUCCCCAUGCAGGUGGUGCUGGAGCAGCACAGGAGGCUGUGUAUGAUGGAGUCCCCCUACAGCCACAGUGCCACUGGCCCCUUGGAGCACACGGACAGCAAUUGGGAGCGGAGGACCCCCAAGCUGCUGGAGCCUGAGGCGGGGGAGAGGAGGAUGUGGAUGGGGGUUGGAGUUGAAGUUGGGGUUGGGAUGGGGGUGGGAGUUGAAGUUGGGGUUGGGAUGGGGGUGGGAGUUGGGGCAGGCCUGCCGGCCCAGGCUCCGUACAUGUCUUUGAACCUCCACCACGUCUUGGCCAAACACAGCUCCUUCCAGGCCCCGCCCUACGCUGCCCUCGGCCAUUUGUCGGACAGCUACGGUUACCGUGGUGAUGAAAUGGGUUCUUAUGGCUACAAGAGCCAAAGCCCCGCCUCUGGCUCCUCCCCUGAGACCCACAGGGAGAUCCCUCAUUACAUCGGCACGUCCGUCAUCAUAACCAACGAGAGGUGA